GCUCCAGCAAACGAGGCGAUCGAAUCUAUCGGCAUCGUAAGAUUCAAUGGAACUCUGGGCACUCCUUCUAUCUAUCGUGGUAGCCCGUCUCCAGAAAUCAACGCCGCUUGGGACAGGAUAUCUCUUGAUGGUUCGCGUCCAAUCCGUAUGAGCCACGAGCAACUGCUCAGAACAGGAGAGAAACCUUCUCCAGUCAUGGUCAGGUAUCCAGACGAAUACGGUGGAGGUUACAUGGCAACUGUAGAAGUCAUUCACCAGCUCCAUUGCAUAGACAUGCUUCGCAGAGUCAGCUGGGGUAAUGAAUCCCUGGGUCAUGGCAUCCACGAAUCUCACCAAGACUUCCGCAUUCAUCUAGACCACUGCAUCGAAAUGCUCAGGCAGAUCAUCAUGUGUCGUGGCGACGUGACGAUGCUCACUUACGACUGGGUCGAGGGCGUCGAGAAUCCUUUUCCUAACUUCAACAUUCCUCACAAUGCAGAAACUUGGAGAAGGUCUUGA